AUGUUGCAGAAGCAAGAAGCAGUAAUGCAGCUACGCCUAGAGCGUCUCGAGCAAAUGCUCGGCGAUCCUCUCUUCGAAAGCAUACUCUGGGGCCACGAGUACGACCUAGGUGGACUGGACAACAGUCUGCGUAUUAAGAUCGAGUCAGGCCAGUUCAAGAGGAUUGUCUUCUCUAAGGCAUGCCGACCGGUGAUACCCCUCUAUCACGUUCAGCAGUUCUUCUCGAUAUUCCUCGAUCUCUUCCACAAGCUGAAGAUCACAAAGUUCUCAUACCAAUCCGAGCUUGAGGACUCGGUCAAGUUCCUGAAAGCCGAAUUCCAUGAGGGAACCCUCAAGCGAGCAGAGGCCAUUGCCGAGAAGCUGAGGGGGAGCCGGAUCAUCCUGCUGAGGACGGCGGACUGGUACGUCACCCUCCUCAAGCAGACAACCAUGUUUUUCAACGAAAUCGCCAUGGUUCCGACUCACAGAAACCUCUUGCACGAAUUCUCCCAUACCGAAGUGGCUGCCUAUUCCGACCCGGCCAACAAGCAGGCCAUCGUCACCUUCUGCGACUCCAAUGCCGACGACUACACGCGGAAUAAGAUCCAGACCCUGGAAGGGCUGUUCGGUAGCAAGGAAGUCCCUCAGAACUGUAACAUCGAGUUUGUCAAAAUCGAGCUCAACCAGGACGACUUCUUCAAAAAGUUCUUCUUUACGCACUUUAUUACAAUUUAUGUUGCGUAUUACCUAGGGAAAUACUCCGACGUGAAGGGGAGAGGCUUGAUCUCGAUCGCCGCGAAGAACCCUUGGUGGAGCCAGCGCUCGAUCGAGCUGUUCCCCAAGUGUAUCGAUAUCCCUUCGGUUCUCGAGUCCUAG